AUAUUGGAUAGCUCCCAUGAUGGAUGACGGGAAGCCCGUUUGGGCUCCACACCCAACUGAUGGAUUUCAGAUGGGAAUGAUUGUGGACAUUGGCACUGACAACUUAACGAUCGAACCUUUGAAUCAAAAAGGCAAGACUUUCCAAGCUGCUGUCAGUCAAGUGUUUCCUGCAGAAGAGGACAGUAAAAAGGAUGUGGAAGAUAACUGUUCCCUUAUGUAUUUAAAUGAAGCCACUCUCCUUCACAAUAUCAAAGUUCGGUACAGUAAAGACAGAAUAUAUACCUAUGUAGCCAACAUUCUUAUUGCAGUGAAUCCAUAUUUUGAUAUACCUAAGUUUUAUUCCUCAGAAACCAUUAAAAAAUAUCAAGGUAGAUCACUUGGGACAUUACCACCACAUGUUUUUGCAAUUGCUGAUAAAGCAUUUCGUGAUAUGAAAGUACUCAAGAUGAGCCAGUCCAUCAUAGUUUCUGGGGAAUCAGGAGCUGGAAAGACAGAAAACACUAAAUUUGUUUUGAGGUAUUUGACAGAAUCCUACGGUACUGGCCAAGAUAUUGAUGAUAGAAUUGUAGAAGCAAAUCCUCUAUUAGAAGCCUUUGGAAAUGCAAAGACUGUUCGCAACAACAAUAGUAGCCGUUUUGGGAAAUUUGUAGAAAUUCACUUCAAUGAGAAGAAUUCGGUGGUUGGUGGAUUUGUAUCACAUUACCUUCUGGAGAAAUCUAGGAUCUGUGUGCAAGGCAAAGAAGAGAGGAAUUAUCAUAUCUUUUACAGGCUUUGUGCUGGUGCUCCAGAAGACAUUAGGCAAAAGCUAUUUUUAAGCUCUCCUGACAACUUUAGGUACUUAAACAGGAAGAGUAUUGCAUUGUCUAGCUUGUACCUUAAAGCAGGUUCCUUGAAGGAUCCUCUCUUAGAUGAUCAUGGAGACUUCAACAGAAUGUGCACAGCAAUGAGAAAGAUUGGACUGGAUGAUGCAGAAAAGCUUGACCUUUUCAGAGUAGUGGCUGGUGUCCUUCACCUUGGAAAUAUUGAUUUUGAGGAAGCUGGGAGCACUUCAGGCGGCUGCACGCUCAAGAACCGCAGCGGGCAGGCGCUGGAGUGCUGCGCGGCGCUGCUGGGCCUCGACGAGGACGACCUGCGCGGCAGCCUCACCACGCGCGUCAUGCUCACCACGGCAGGGGGCGCCAAAGGAACGGUCAUCAAGGUACCCUUGAAAGUGGAACAAGCAAACAAUGCUCGUGAUGCCUUGGCUAAAACGGUGUAUAGUCACCUCUUUGACCAUGUAGUGAACAGGGUAAACCAGUGUUUUCCAUUUGAGACUUCUUCUUUCUUCAUUGGAGUUUUAGAUAUAGCUGGUUUUGAAUACUUUGAACACAACAGUUUUGAACAAUUCUGUAUUAACUACUGUAAUGAAAAACUGCAGCAGUUUUUUAAUGAAAGGAUUCUGAAAGAGGAACAAGAACUUUACCAAAAAGAAGGCCUGGGGGUUAAUGAAGUGCACUAUGUAGAUAAUCAGGAUUGUAUAGAUUUGAUUGAAGCCAAGUUAAUAGGUGUGUUAGAUAUUUUGGAUGAAGAAAAUCGUCUUCCCCAACCAAGUGACCAGCAUUUUACUUCAGUUGUGCACCAAAAGCACAAGGACCAUUUCAGACUCUCUAUUCCAAGAAAGUCUAAAUUGGCUGUUCACAGAAACAUCAGAGAUGAUGAAGGCUUUAUUAUACGGCAUUUCGCAGGAGCCGUAUGCUACGAGACGACGCAGUUUGUGGAGAAAAAUAAUGAUGCUUUGCACAUGUCCCUUGAAUCUCUUAUAUGUGAGUCCAAGGACAAGUUCGUUCGACAGCUGUUUGAAUCUAACACCAACAACAACAAGGAUCCCAAGCAGAAAGCAGGGAAACUUAAUUUCAUCAGUGUGGGAAACAAAUUCAAGACUCAGUUAAAUUUGCUUCUUGAGAAGCUUCACAGCACUGGGUCAAGCUUUAUUCGCUGCAUCAAACCCAAUUUAAAGAUGACAAGUCACCACUUUGAAGGAGGACAGAUCCUUUCUCAGCUUCAGUGUUCAGGAAUGGUAUCUGUUUUGGACUUAAUGCAAGGUGGUUUCCCUUCACGAGCUUCAUUUCAUGAACUAUAUAAUAUGUACAAAAAAUACUUGCCUGAAAAAUUAGCUCGAUUGGAUCCUAGACUGUUCUGCAAGGCACUAUUUAAAGCCUUAGGAUUGAAUGAAAAUGAUUACAAAUUUGGGUUAACCAAGGUGUUUUUUAGACCUGGCAAGUUUGCAGAGUUUGAUCAAAUAAUGAAGUCAGAUCCGGAUCAUUUAGCAGAGCUAGUUAAACGAGUCAAUCACUGGCUUAUCUGCAGUCGCUGGAAAAAAGUUCAGUGGUGUUCUCUCUCAGUGAUAAAAUUGAAAAACAAGAUAAAAUAUCGAGCUGGUGCCUGCAUUAAAAUACAAAAGACUAUUCGAAUGUGGCUUUGCAAGAGAAAGCACAAGCCACGCAUUGAUGGUUUGGUAAAGGUGCGUACACUGAAAAAGAGACUUGAUAAGUUUAAUGAAGUAGUAAAUGCUCUGAAGGAGGGGAAGGCAGAGACAAGCAAGCAGGUCAAGGAGCUGGAAUAUUCCAUUGAUGCUUCAAUGACCAAAAUUAAGACCACUAUAAUGACAAGAGAACAGAUACAGAAAGAAUAUGAUGCUCUAGUUAGAAGCUCUGAGCAGCUUCUGAGUGCACUGCAGAAAAAGAAACAGCAAGAGGAAGAAGCAGAGAGACUGCGACGCAUUCAGGAGGAAAUGGAAAAAGAAAGGAGGAGGCGUGAAGAGGAGGAGCAACGCCGAAGAAAGGAAGAGGAGGAAAGGCGUUUGAAAUCUGAGAUUGAAGCAAAGAGAAAACAGGAAGAAGAAGAGAGGAAAAAGAGGGAAGAGGAAGAAAAACGUAUGCAGGCUGAAAUUGAGGCUCAGCUUGCCAAAGAACGUGAAGAGGAAACGCAGCACCAGGCGGUUCUCGAACAGGAGCGUCGGGAUCGUGAACUUGCGAUGCGAAUUGCCCAGAGUGAGGCGGAACUCAUAAGUGAUGAGGCACAGCUUGAUUUAGGAUUGCGCAGAGCCAAUGGAACAAAGCCGCAAAUGACUGCGGAACAAAUGGCCACAGAAAUGUCAGAAAUAUUGUCUAGGGGUCCUUUAGUUCAAGCCACAAAAGCUGCUGCUGGUACUAAGAAGCAUGAUCUCAGUAAGUGGAAAUAUGCAGAGCUACGUGAUACAAUCAAUACAUCCUGUGACAUUGAACUGUUGGCAGCUUGCAGAGAAGAGUUUCACAGGCGGUUGAAGGUAUAUCAUGCUUGGAAAUCCAAGAACAAGAAACGCAAUGCGGAAACGGAACAGCGUGCCCCCAAAUCAGUCACAGAAUAUGCUCAGCAGAACCCAGCAGCCCAGCUACCAGCGAGGCAACAGGAGAUUGAACUUAACAGGCAGCAGCGGUACUUCCGUAUCCCUUUCAUCCGUCCCAUGGACCAGUACAAGGACCCCCAGAACAAGAAGAAGGGCUGGUGGUACGCGCACUUCGACGGGCCCUGGAUCGCCCGCCAAAUGGAGCUGCAUCCUGACAAGGCACCCAUUCUCCUUGUAGCUGGUAAGGAUGAUAUAGAGAUGUGUGAGCUUAACCUUGAAGAGACUGGCCUAACUCGAAAGCGAGGGGCUGAGAUUUUGCCGAGACAGUUUGAAGAGAUCUGGGAGCGCUGCGGAGGAAUCCAGUACCUUCAGAAGGCCAUCGAGAGCAGACAGGCUCGGCCCACGUACGCCACGGCCAUGCUGCAGAACCUCCUGAAAUAG